AUGGCACUGAGUCUGGACCGUGAGGCAUACUACCACCACGUCACGCGCCUCUACAGUAACUGGCAGAAAGGAGAGGAUGAAUAUGCCACCAUUGAUGCUAUCAUGGUUUCUGUGGGUGUGGACGAAGAGACCGUCUAUGCCAAGUCUACAGCCCUGCAGACGUGGCUUUUUGGCUAUGAACUCACGGACACCAUCUUGGUUUUUUGCGAAGACAAGGUCAUAUUUAUGGCCAGCAAAAAGAAAGUGGAAUUCCUGAAGCAGAUUGCAAACAGCAAAAGCAACGAGAAUAUGAACGGGGUGCUGGCUGUCACCCUGCUUGUACGGGAAAAGAACGAAAGCAACAAGGCCAACUUUGACAAGAUGAUCGAUGCGCUGAAGAACAGCAAGAACGGCAAGCGCCUUGGGGUCUUCAGCAAAGACAAAUUUCCUGGUGAAUUCAUGAACAGCUGGAACGACGCUCUCAGCAAGGAAGGCUUUGAGAAGGUGGACAUCAGCGCCAUGGUGGCCUACACCAUGGCGGUCAAAGAGGAUGGGGAACUCAGCCUGAUGCGAAAAGUGGCUGCCAUCACCUCAGAGGUCUUCACCAAGUUCUUGAAGGAGCGAGUCAUGGAGAUUGUGGACGCUGAUGAGAAGGUACGGCACAGCAAGCUGGCCGAGUCUGUCGAGAAAGCCAUUGAGGAGAAGAAAUAUCUCUCUGGAGCUGACCCUUUCAUUGUGGAGAUGUGUUAUCCAAGUGGAGGAACUUACAAUCUCAAGUUCAGUGUUGUCAGCGAGAAGAGCUACAUACACUUUGGGACUGUCACUUGUGCCAUGGGCAUAUGUUACAAAUCAUACUGCUCCAAUCUGGUGCGCACACUCAUGGUGGACCCACCUCAGGAAACCCAGGACAACUAUGCUUUCCUGCUGCAACUGCAGGAGGAAAUGCUGAAGGAAUUGCGGCACGGUGCAAAACCGUGUGAGGUCUACGCUGCUGUCAUGGAUAUGGUGAAGAAGCAGAAACCGGAGCUCUUGAGCAAAAUCACCAAGAACUUAGGUUCUGAGAGGGAUCCCUCAUCAUCAAUAGCAAAAACCAGUACUGCCUCAAGAAAGGAAGGUCCUGCUACUUUCCUCACGUCUGUGAAAAAGAAGGUGAAGAAUGUCAGCAUUUUAUUAAAGAAUGAGCUGACCGCAGAAGAGAAACACCGGACACAUCAGAAAGAGCUGGCCAUGCAGCUAAAUGAAGAAGCCCACAGACGCUUAACAGAACAAAAAGGGGAACAGCAGAUCCAGAAGGCAUGCAAGUCAAACGUGUCCUAUAAGAACCCGUCUCUGCUGCCUAAAGAACCCUACAUUUGGGAAAUGAAGAUUUACAUCGACAAGAAGUAUGAGACUGUCAUCAUGCCUGUUUUUGGCAUCACUACUCCAUUCCACAUCGCUACCAUCAAGAACAUCAGCAUGUCAGUAGAAGGUGACUACACUUACCUGAAGAUCAACUUCUACUGUCCGGGCAGUGCCUUGGGUCGCAACGAGGGCAACAUCUUUCCCAACCCAGAAGCUACUUUUGUAAAAGAAAUAAGAUACCGAGCAUCCAACAUAAAAACUCCUGGGGAGCAGAUGGUCCCAGUGCUCGACCUCCAGAAUGCCUUCUGUAUCAUCAAGGAGGUGCAGCAGCGUUAUAAAACCCAGGAAGCUGAGGAGAAAGAAAAGGAGGGAAUUGUCAAACAAGACUCUCUGGUGAUCAACCUAAACCGCAGCAAUCCAAAACUGAAGGACCUCUACAUCCGUCCAAACAUUGCCCAGAAGCGGAUGCAGGGAUCACUGGAAGACCAUUUAAUUUGCUUCCGUUUCACCUCUGUGCGGGGGGACAAAGUGGACAUCCUGUACAACAACAUCAAACACGCUGUAUUUCAGCCCUGUGACGGGGAGAUGAUCAUCGUGCUUCACUUCCAUCUGAAGAAUGCUAUCAUGUUUGGGAAAAAACGCCACACGGAUGUGCAAUUUUACACGGAGGUGGGCGAAAUCACCACUGAUUUGGGCAAGCACCAGCACAUGCACGAUUGGGGCAACCACUAUGCCGAGCAGAUGGAACAGGAGAUGAGACACAAGUUGAAAACAGCCUUCAAGAAUUUCAUUGAGAAGGUAGAAGCUCUAACCAAGGAGGAAUUGGAAUUUGAGGUUCCUUUCCGAGAGCUGGGGUUCAAUGGCGCUCCCUACCGAAGCACCUGCCUGCUCCAACCAACCAGCAGUGCCUUGGUGAAUUGUACAGAAUGGCCUCCAUUUGUGGUAACACUGGAUGAGGUGGAGCUGAUUCAUUUUGAGCGUGUGCAGUUCCACCUGAAGAACUUCGACAUGGUCAUCAUUUACAAGGACUACAGCAAGAAGGUCACAAUGAUUAACGCCAUUCCUGUGGCCUCGCUUGACCCCAUCAAAGAGUGGCUCAACUCUUGUGACAUUAAGUACACUGAAGGGGUUCAAUACCUCAACUGGACCAAAAUCAUGAAAACAAUUGUGGAUGACCCAGAAGGCUUUUUUGAGCAAGGUGGCUGGUCAUUCCUCGAGCCAGAGGGAGAGGGAAGUGAUACUGAAGCUGGGGAAUCUGAGUCCGAAAUAGAGGACGAGACCUUCAACCCUUCUGAGGAAGAGUAUGAACAUGAGGAGGAGGACAGUGAUGAAGACUAUUCUUCAGAGGCAGAAGAAUCAGACUACUCCAAAGAGUCCCUGGGCAGUGAGGAGGAGAGUGGAAAAGAUUGGGACGAACUGGAGGAAGAAGCACGGAAAGCUGAUCAAGAGAGUCGGUACGAGGAGGAGGAGGAGCGCACCAUGAACUGCAAGAGGAAGGUUCCCCCCUCCCAGAGUUCAGGACACCACCGCAGCUCCCACAGUCUCAGUCCCGGCCGAAGUUCCGCCCCACUGAAGAAGAAGAGGAAGUAGAUUGGGGCAAUGACAAACCUUUCCCAUCAGUCAGUUGGGGGAGGGAGGUGAGCAAAAUUGGGGGGGGGCUACAGAGGGCUCCCUCCAUCAACCAGUCUUUAGGGUCCCAGGAGAGGUGGUCAGCUCCUCCCCACAAACUUUUUUUCCACCUUUCCCACAUCCACACCCCCUUGGCUCCCUUGUUUUGUUUCUCUGGAGCAUAUUUUGGGUUUUUUAUUUUUUUCUUCUCCACAUCUUUUCCGAACCAUUCACAUGGAUCAAUUCACUGUGAGACAAUUCCAAGCCAUGUACAUGAUGGACAAAAACCAUGCCAGAGGAAAGGGAGCACAGAAGGCCGUCUUGGACGAGACUCAGGAAUGGGGAGUGACUUUACCAUGCUUCUCUGCAGCUUCCACUGCCCCUCUCUUUCCCACUAUCCUCCUUGGGGGAGAGGUAUAUCCACUCCAAACCACCUUCUGCAUAGGGACUCUUUCCCAUUUCCCCCCCCUACCCUGUGUCUCCACCCUUGGAAGCCUUGGCAAGAGGAGCUGGUUGACUGUUUAAAGUAUUACACUCAUGUCAAGAACUCAAAAGUUCAAGCCAACUGCUCAUUCUGUUGGCGUUUUGAACUGACAAGGAAAAAUGAAAUCGUGCUGCGCUUUUCCAAUGCAAGUGACAACAGGAAAUCCACCUGGGAACUGUGAUGGAAAGGAAUACACAGCCAAGCUUUCCUAAAGACGCAGGCAAGCAGGACUGGGAGAUUAGGACACAAGCAAAAGAAAAGAUUCUUGCUUCUUUCUAUUCUUUAUUUUUUUUGUUUGUUCCCCUUUUACGGGAUCACCUUUCCCCCACCCGCCUUUUCUAACUGUCAAGCUCCCCGUUUGUAUUUAUCUGUUUCCAGGGUUGCCGCGUGGGUCUCCAAUGAAUGAGCAUUGAAAUGGAUGAGUUAAAUGCAUUUCUUGCCCU